AAUCCGACGCAGCGAUCAGUGUAGCCUUGUAGCCCGACGGAGCGCCAUGGCCGAGGUGGAUCACCGGAUUGCCACUUGGAUUUCCAAUAACCUGCUGUACAUCGUCCUGGCUUUGGGCCUCGUCUGGGUCCUGAAGAAGAACCUGCCGAAUCUGCGACGAAGAUGGUUUGCCUACUUUAUGCACAUGUUCACCAAGGAAAAAGAUGCCAAGAUAGAGGAAAUGAAGAAGGAUCUCUUUGCAAGCAUGAAGGAUGUUGUCUCCCAGGAUCCUGAACUUCGAAAGCAAAAUUCCAUUCGGAUCUUAGAAAUUGGAGUUGGAACAGGUGUUAACUUUUCCCAUUACCCGGAUGGAAGCAGACUGGUGGUUGUGGACCCUAACCCACACUUCAAGAGCUACUAUAAUGAAAAUCGAAAGAAGUUUCCCAAUAUUCAGGCUGAAGAGAUAUUGGUUACUACAGGAGAGAAGAUGGACAUGGUACCAGACAACAGCAUUGACGUUGUGGUUAUGACCCUUGUACUUUGUAGUGUGACUGGCACAGAAGAAAUCAUGAAGGAGAUCUUGCGUGUUCUUGUUCCGGGUGGCAAGUUCUAUUUUUUGGAGCACAUCAGGGAGUUUGACUCUGAAAAGCACAACAUACGACAGAAGAUCCAGGAUCUCCUGACAGGGAUUGGACUCUGGCCAUUUUUAUUUGAUGGCUGCUGUCUGAAUCGUGACAUGCUUCCAGCUAUCGAGGCAGCAGGCUUUUCAAAGGUUAACGGCGAACGUUUCUAUGCACCAGUCAAUAGCUUCUUCUUCCAACUCAUUAAGCCUCAUCUCAGAGGCACAGCUGAAAAAUAAGUAUGUCCCCAUAUUUAUGAUUGGGAUAUGAAUGGGUUGUUAUCUUGUGUCUUCUUUUUUGUUAUUGUAUACCAGUUUUUGAUAUUGUAUCAGAAAAUAUAUUUUGGAUACAAAGGUUAUAUGUGUUUACAAUAACAGAAACCAAUCAGCUUUUACUGAGAGUAAUCAUUUCUGAGUCAGUUAGAAGGGAAAAGCAACUAAGGUCCAUGAGCAGAGAAAGCAUUUAUUACAAUAUGGAGAGUGAAGUUUCAUGACUAAUUGAUAAAGUAUCAUUACUCCAAAAAAUCUUAUAUUUUUUAUUUCACUUUUAUUUCCAUAUGCAGUCUGAAACUUUUGAUGAUAUCAGUGAUGAGCUAUCAUUUUGUUGCUCUUUCUUUUUCGUAGGCUUUCUCUUUUUUUCUUCAGGAUCAUGUUUGUUCAGAA